CAUUCUUUGUAGGAAAAACCUUGUCAUUGUCAAUGUCACCCCAUAAACCAUUAAGUCUUGGUUUCUUAUGCACAUGCCUUUCAUUUCUCAAUUUUCCUCAUUCUCUCUGCUUCCUAACUCACCAACCAAAACCUAUUUCAGUUUUCAUCUCCAUUAUCAUGGCACAUAAAAGAGAAUAUUACUGUCUUCUCAUGCUCUUUACUUGUUUCUUGCCAUCGUUGGCUGACAAUGCUGAAGUUCUGAUGAACUUCAAAAGCCACUUUUCCACAGCUGAUGCUUUAAACAACUGGGGGAACCAAUCAAUCGACUUGUGCAGCUGGACUGGUAUAUUGUGCUUCAAUCAAAAAUUUCAUGGCCUGAGAUUAGAGAACAUGGGACUAAGUGGCACCAUUAACGUGGACACGUUGCUUGAGUUGUCCAAUUUGAACAGUUUUAGUGUCAUUAACAACAACUUUGAGGGGCCAAUGCCUGCAUUCAAGAAGCUUGUGAGUUUAAGGGCAUUGUUUCUGAGCAAUAAUAAAUUCUCUGGUGAAAUUCAAGAUGAUGCUUUUGAAGGCAUGAUACGUCUCAAGAGAGUGUUCUUGGCUGAAAAUGAGUUCACGGGUCAUAUUCCUACAUCCCUUGCUAAAUUGCCUAAACUUUUGGAUGUGGACUUGCAUGGAAAUAGUUUUGGAGGCAAUAUACCGGAAUUUCAACAGAGGGAUUUCAGAGUGUUUGAUUUGUCUAACAACAAGUUGGAGGGUAAAAUACCAGAAAGCUUAAGCAACAAGGAUCCAAAAUCAUUUGCUGGCAAUGAAGGUCUAUGUGGAGAACCUCUAAGCCCCUGCAUGGGAAGUCCCCCCCCACCAACUUCGAGCAAAAACGAAAAAAAUGAGAAAAACCACAUCCUUUUAACAGCUAUUGUAGUGGUGGGUGUGAUUGUGUUGGCUUUAAUACUAGCACUCCUGAUCAUCCGUUACCGUCGAAAGAAACACGUGUCGGUCGGGGAUACACAACCCCAUAGCGUUAAUUCAGUUUCUAGUAGUGAGGGCAAAUCCAUUGUUGUGACAGGAGAACCCAAUAAGAGUGAAGAUGGGGGGUUGAACUUUGUUAGCAGCGAAAAGGGGGCGUUUGAAUUGCAAGACUUGCUUAGGGCCUCAGCUGAGGUUCUGGGGAGUGGCAGUUUUGGAUCCACGUACAAGGCCUUGCUUCUGAACGGACCAGUUGUGGUGGUGAAGAGAUUCAAGCACAUGAACAACGUUGGGAAGAAAGAGUUUUAUGAGCACAUGAAAAGGCUUGGAAGGUUGUCACACCCUAAUCUACUCCCUCUUGUUGCAUUUUACUACGGGAAAGAAGAGAAGCUUCUGGUGCAUGACUUUGCUCAAAAUGGCAGCUUGGCUAGUCAUCUUCAUGGCAGAGGUGGUUGUGUGUUGAACUGGCCAACUCGUUUGAAGAUCAUAAAAGGAGUGGCCAAAGGGUUAGCUUACCUUUACGAAGAGUUCCCCAACCAAGCCUUACCUCACGGUCAUCUAAAAUCAUCGAAUGUUGUGUUGGACCAUUCACUGGAGCCUCGUUUGGCAGAGUAUGGAGUGGUUCCAGUGGUGGACAAGAGCCACGCUCAGCAGUUCAUGGUGGCAUACAAGUCUCCAGAGGUGAGCCAGUUUGGAAGACCAAGCGAGAAGAGUGAUAUUUGGUGUUUGGGGAUCCUGAUUCUGGAGCUUCUGACGGGGAGGUUCCCUGCCAAUUAUCUGAGGCAUGGGAAGGAUGCAAGUGAGGAUUUGGCUGCAUGGGUGAACUCCAUUGUGAGAGAAGGGUGGAGUGGUGAGGUGCUUGAUAAGGAUAUUCCCGAGAGAGGGAGUGGAGAGGGUGAGAUACUGAAGCUGCUGAGGAUUGGAAUGGGGUGCUGUGAGUGGAGUUUGGAGAGGAGGUGGGGUUGGAGGGAGGCAGUGGCAAAGAUUGAGGAGUUGAGGGAGACUGACGGUCAUGCUGAUGCUGAUCAUUUCUACUCAUCAUCUAUGAGUUUGGAUGACUCUGUUUCUAUUUCUAAAUAGAUGAUUUUGGUUUUGGAUCAACACAUGCAAGCCUACGUCUUUUUCCUGGGAAUGGGAUGGAGAUACUCACUUCUCUUCAUUUCUUUUUGUUUCUGCUUUUCAAACUUUCUAUUUGUUUGUAUAAUAUUAAUAACUAUUCUAUUAAAAAUAAU